AUGUUCAUGCGCUCCGUCUUGCUGGGUGGCGCUGCUGCUCUAAGCGCCAGUGCCAUGCUAGUCGUCCCCGAGAUGGAACCUAAAGUCGAUAUUAUUGAAGAUGGAUUUGUGAAUGUUCACCCCAUGCUUUUGGAAGAUGUUCAUCAUGCGGUUGUUGACCUGCCCUGCUUUGAAUGUCCUCUCCGUGAAACCAACGACGAAGGUGUUGUUAGCUGGACGGAGGGCAAGCCAUCAUCUCUGUCUCUAGAAUUCUCGAUCGAAGACAACAGCCUGCUGGCCAACGGCCGCCAAAUAUUCCCACCGGCCCCGCCCAUCCCAAUUCUUGCUGUGCAACAAAAUGAAGAGGGAGAGGACUCCGCUCCCAUGCCGGUUGGAUAUGCGCUUGAAAUCAUGCCAGUGGUCGCACCAUCUGAUGAGCCCGGUUACGAACUCCUGGAUAUUCGAUUCACUGUUCUCGACCUGGAGACCCACCCGGUCCCUGUCGAUACCGUUGCGAUCGCUGUUCUACAGGAUUCCAACGGCGAGCUCUUCAUCGCUCGGACAGAAAUCGAAAACACCGCCCCUGCCUCCGAUCGUUUGUCUUGGAAGCAGUGCCACGGCAAGGCCAAAUGUCUGCAGGAACUUCUGGUCUCUCGCAUCGGGGGUCUCUUGGCUGGCGCCAAGGCUCGUGUGAUGGGCAUGGCCAAAGCCGGCCGCAAGAGCUGCCAUGGCAAACACAACGACAACACAAUGGAUCGCCACGAAGAAGGUCAUGACGGUAUGCCUUUCCCUCCCCCACCUCCUUUUGGGGAAGAGGGCUCUGGGCGUGAAAAGUUUGGCCCCGGCGGCUAUGGCCACGUCCACCACGGCGCUUUCACCCGCACUUUCUCUCGCAUUUUACACUUUAUCGUAGUCCCCGCUGUUUUAGGUGUCCUGGCUGGAUUGACUGCUAGUGCCAUUGGCAUGCUAGUCGGCCAGGCUGUGGUUUUCCUCUGGAAGCGCUACCGUGGCACCACUGCUUCGGAGCGCAAGGCCGCCUGGGAGGAUGGCGAGGCAUGUGAAAAGCAGGGCCUCAUGACCAUCCCUCGCUCCUCAUCCGAGAUACUUCCUGAAUACAAUGAGGCCUCUGAGGCCCGUGGAUCACUCGAUAAGAACUAA